AUGUCUCCUCGAACAAGUGGUCUACUUGACAGCGAUGACUGGGAUGAAGUCAAAUCCGACUCCUCCUCUUCAGAAUGGUCCAUCAGCAAAACAUAUUCCUCAUACUGGAAACCAGCCCAGACAGGCAGCAAGAUAAAACAAGCCCUCAACAGCGUUCAAAACUUCAUACGCGCAAGAUCAAAACCUCCAUUGGAAAACCUUCGCCCAACAGCCUAUUUGGACGGUCUUCGUGGUUUUGCAGCCCUCUUAGUUUAUAUCCACCAUCACCAGUUAUGGGCACACGGCAUCGUUGAUCAAGAUGGCCUCUUUGAGAACGCUUUUGGGUAUGGGGGAAAAUACUACUUUGCCACAUUCCCUGGUAUACGGCACUUCUUUUCAGGCGGCCAUUUUGCCGUGUCAACCUUUUUCGUCAUCUCGGGCUAUGUGCUAUCGCUCAAGCCGAUGAGUCUAAUCCAAGCGGGAGAGUACAUCCAACUAGGCGAUGUUCUUGCCUCAUCCUUCUUCCGUCGUUGGAUCCGCUUGUUUCUCCCACUCAUCCUCACUAUGAUCAUCUACAUCACAUAUCUACACAUCUUUGGUGUGUGGACGCGUAUCAUGACCAAGCAGAAGUGCUGGUAUGAUGAGAUGUGGGUGUUUUACUACGAGUUCAAGAACUUCAGUUUCGUCUUCAAAGAAGGUGGCGAGCCAUGGUUGACAUACAACAAACACUUGUGGUCUAUACCUAUUGAGUUCAAAGGCUCAGUCGUUGUCUUCACAGCUCAGAUGGCGUUCUCCCGAUGUUCGAAAAACGCUCGUCUGUGGUGUGAGCUUGGACUCAUCUUUUACUUCAUGUACAUCGCUGACGGAUCUUUCUACGCCAUGUUCAUGUCCGGUAUGCUUCUAUGCGACUUGGAUCUUCUUGCAAACAAGGGUGAUCUUCCUCGAUGGAUGGCACGUCUUGAAUCAGUCAAAGAGUUCAUCUUUUACCAUUUAUUGGUCUUCAGCCUCUUUUUGGGCGGCGUGCCUUCCCAGAACCGAAAUCUGGAGCAACUCGCCAAAAACAGAGGCUUCUACUACCUUUCGUGGUUCAAGCCGCAAGCUGUUUUUGAUUACAAAUGGUUUUAUCUCUUCUACGCUGCUGUCUUUCUGGUAGCUUCUAUCCCUCGAAUCUUCUGGCUCAAGAGCUUCUUCGAGACGAGGUUUUGCCAACACCUCGGCCAUAUUUCCUUCGCCUUAUAUCUCGUCCAUGGUCCCGUUCUGUGGGUUGUUGGCGAGAGAUUAUAUAUGGCAGCAGGAUGGCAAAAUGAAGACAUGAUGAAGAACAUUCCUCACUGGGCGAACAAACUGCCCUUGUCAACUUCUGGACCUAAAGGGUUCGAGAUGGCGUUUCUGGUUCCUCAGUUGAUUCUCGUUCCUUUGACAUUUGGACUAGCUCAUGUGAUUACUCGGUUUAUUGACACACCCAGUGUCAAGUUUGCAGCUUGGUUCUAUAGGAAGGCUUUGGGUGAUCCAAUUAGCAAGCAGGCGAGAGCUUAA